UGAGCGACACACAGCUGGAUCGCUACCGACCAAAUCGACCUCUGUUUCGCGCGCUCGCUUAGUAUUCGGACGUGUUUGUCUUGAGUUCUGCUACUCAGUUUGGCCCUUGUUUGCCUACCACGACACCACGGCAGCAUGAGAACGCUACUGGACAGCAGCUGGAUGAAGUUUGGGCCAGCCGGCAGAGGGUCCAUGGAUUGGGUGACUGGGUCACCUUCUCCCCCCAUGGUGGAGAGACAGUUACAGGGCUACAACUGGAAUGAUCUGAACCUCAACCAGGAAGGGAGGUCAGAGCUGCUCCUCUACGUGGUCCUCCCCGUCACCUCCCUCCUCAUGCUGGGCCUCCUGGUACUCCUGGCCUACUGGAGGUGCUCCUCUCCAAAGCUCAGCCUGGCCCAAAUCAUCACCCUGGACCUCCAGGACCCCGAGAGCAGCGAAGAGUUCCUCUCCUCGCUCACCAGCCACGGCGAACGCCGCACCAGCAGCAGCUCUGACAUGUCGGACAGUGUGUUCGUCAUGGUCUACCUGCCGCCGCCCUACGAGGAGACGCUGACCAAGAUCACGCGUGCCGCCAGUCUGACCAGCCGGAAAGAGUCCAUGAAGAUAGAGGACCUGGAGGCCCGCCUGUGUCCGGAGAUCAAGUCCAGUGGACGCUACGUGUGACUGGGGAACACUGGGAGUGUCUCUCAAAUGGCACCCUAUUCCCUAUAUAGCCCACAUAGGGUUCUGGUUAGAAGUAGUGCACUAUGUAGGUAGUAGGGUAUAUGGUAUAAUUUCGGACUAGAACUAAGAGAUUGCUUUUGAAGGGACUCCAUAUAGCAAGCUCUUUAGAAUAAGGGGAUUUAAAUGGAUUAUGUAAAAACAUCAGACCUGAGAUCAUCUUUUGUGGGUACCAGCUUUCUACACAGAGGAGUGUACAAUUGCAUUAAAAGCUGGAAGCUGGAAAUUGUAUUGAUUGGCUGUACAGGAUACAGUACAUCUAGAUUCUCUAGAGAGGACAUAUGCGGACUAUGUACAAACCGUAGGUUACAGUAGGCAAAUAAAACUCCUUCAACAAUACAAAACAUAAUAUGCAAUUCAUUUGCGUGGUUUUUAUCUCCUAAAUGAAACACAUGAUCUCCCAUUUUUACUUCCACACAUUGUAUGAGCCACACCAUGCUUACAACACUCCUGUUUCUGUGUUGUAUCAGCUUGGCCCCUAUUUGGAGACUGAAGAAUGACAAUGUGCAAAGUGCAAGAAGGUUACAGAAGUCUCAUAUGUAAUAGUGUUGUAUUUAUAUGUAAGAAGGUACAAAGACCUAGCCUGGGCACCAUGUCUUUGACAGGGGUGACAAGGAGUGGAAUGUUAGCAAGACUGGUGCCCAGGCUUACAAAGACCUUCUCCAGGUUAAUAAUUCCCUUCAUUCCUUGGAAUCACAUCAUGAAUGUACUCCUAAAAACCUCAGACCUGAUAUGUUUGAUAGACUACAUAACAGAUAUGCAUUCUAAUU